UGCGGCCCGGAAGGAAGUAACAUCAGCCCCGAAUGUGCCGGAAUCCUGCUGCACCGCUGCGGUGAAGGCGCCCCGGCGACAUCAUGUCUCACUUACCGAUGAAACUGCUGCGCAGAAAGAUCGACAAGCGGAACCUAAAGUUGCGGCAGCGAAACCUAAAGCUACAGGGGGCCUCAGAUGUGAGCCUAUCAGAGACCCAAAAUGGAGAUGUGUCUGAAGAAAUUGUGGAAGCUGGAAAAGUUAAAAAGUCCCUAAAACAGUCUAUGAAUGUGGGCUUGUCAGAAGCCCAAAAUGGAGACAUGGCUAAUGAAACAGUAAAAAACAUUAAAGUUAAAAAAUCCCCAAAGAAGUCUACUGUAUUAACCAAUGGUGAAGCAGCAACACAGUCACCCAAUUCAGAAUCAAAAAAGAAAAAGAAGAAGAAGAAGAGAAAAAUUGUAGAAAAUGCUGGGCCUGAUGCAAAAAAAGCAAAAACCGAAGGUAAAGUGGAAUCUGAAGAAGAAGGUGCUGGAGCUUCUAAAGAAACAGAAAAUAACGUGAAGCAGCCAGAUGAUGAUGACAAUGACAAUGAAGUGCCCACGUUGCCCCUGGGACUGACAGGAGCUUUUGAGGAUACUUCAUUUGCAUCCCUAACUAACCUCGUCAAUGAAAACACUCUAAGGGCGAUAAAAGAAAUGGGCUUUACGAACAUGACUGAAAUUCAACAUAAAAGUGUCAGACCACUUCUGGAAGGCAGAGAUCUUCUAGCAGCUGCGAAGACAGGCAGUGGCAAAACCCUGGCAUUUCUCAUCCCUGCUAUUGAACUCAUUGUUAAGUUAAAAUUCAUGCCCAGGAAUGGAACAGGAGUCCUUAUUCUCUCACCUACUAGGGAGCUGGCCAUGCAGACGUUUGGUGUGCUUAAGGAGCUAAUGACCCACCACGUCCACACAUAUGGGUUGAUAAUGGGGGGCAGUAACAGAUCUGCUGAAGCACAGAAACUUGUUAAUGGGAUCAACAUCAUCGUGGCCACGCCAGGUCGACUCCUGGACCAUAUGCAGAAUACCCCAGGGUUUAUGUAUAAAAACCUACAGUGUCUUGUUAUUGAUGAGGCUGAUCGUAUCUUGGAUGUUGGGUUUGAAGAGGAAUUAAAGCAAAUUAUUAAACUUCUGCCAGUACGCAGACAGACCAUGCUCUUUUCUGCCACACAAACUCGAAAAGUUGAAGACCUGGCAAGAAUUUCUUUGAAAAAGGAGCCAUUGUAUGUUGGUGUUGAUGAUGAUAAAACUAAUGCAACAGUGGAUGGGCUUGAGCAGGGAUAUGUUGUUUGUCCCUCUGAAAAGAGAUUCCUUCUGCUCUUUACAUUCCUUAAGAAGAACCGAAAGAAGAAAAUGAUGGUAUUCUUUUCAUCCUGUAAAUCUGUGAAAUACCACUACGAGUUGCUGAACUACAUCGAUUUGCCUGUCUUGGCCAUUCAUGGAAAACAGAAGCAAAAUAAGCGGACGACCACCUUCUUCCAGUUUUGCAAUGCAGAUUCAGGGACACUGUUGUGUACAGAUGUGGCAGCUCGAGGGCUGGAUAUUCCUGAAGUUGACUGGAUUGUUCAGUAUGACCCUCCAGAUGACCCUAAGGAAUAUAUUCAUCGUGUGGGUAGAACAGCCAGAGGCCUAAAUGGAAGAGGACAUGCCUUGCUCAUUUUGCGCCCAGAGGAAUUGGGUUUCCUUCGUUAUUUGAAGCAGUCCAAGGUUCCAUUAAGUGAGUUUGAGUUUUCUUGGUCCAAAAUUUCUGACAUCCAGUCUCAGCUUGAGAAAUUGAUUGAAAAGAACUACUUCCUUCAUAAGUCAGCCCAGGAAGCAUAUAAGUCAUACAUUCGAGCAUAUGAUUCCCAUUCUCUGAAACAAAUCUAUAACGUCAAUAACUUAAAUUUGCCUCAGGUUGCUCUGUCUUUCGGUUUCAAGGUGCCUCCUUUUGUUGAUCUGAAUGUGAACAGCAACGACGACAAAUGGAAAAAGAGAGGAGGAGGUGGCGGAUUCGGCUACCAGAAAGCCAAGAAAAUUGAGAAGUCCAAAAUCUUCAAAAACAUUAGCAAGAAAUCAUCUGACAGAAGGCAGUUCUCUCACUGAAGACACACCUUCCUUUCAUCCUGAAUAACUUUGUCCUUAAAUGGAGUAUUUUCCCUUGCUCUAGCAAAUGAACUUACUUCCAUGAUGUGUACUGAUCUAAUAUGAGUAUUAAUUAACUUCAGUUGCAAGUACUGAGCACUCUUUAUUUCCAGCAUAUCUCUUUUUUUGGGGGCAGAAAACAGUUCCGUUUUUCUUGAUUUCCCAAGGGCAAAGCAAGGGAAAUUUUAGUCUUUGUUGUAAUGAUACAGUAUUUUAAUUUAAAAUCUUUUUUUCCCCAAAUUUCACGUCAUUGUUGUUAAUAGAAUUUUUUCUGUACCUUUCUUUCCUGGUGCCUAAAAAUUUUUAUGCAAAGAUGUCUAUACUAACUCACUGGAAAAGGCAGGUGAGAGAGGGUGUACUGGGGAGGUGGUAGUAAUGCAGAAGAUAGUCUUGGUUUAUUUUUUGGUUUUGGUUGUUUCUUUGGACUUUCACAGCAGUUCUUGAUCCUUUCUGGAAAUGCUGCAGUAUAAAAAGGCAGAGAGCUUUGGGAAAUAACUUGGAAACACUUCAGGUUAAAGGUGGUAUCCAUUUUUAUAUACUGUCUGCUAUUUGAAUAAAGCACUCCUUGCAGUCUUUACAACGGGGGAGAAAAU